AUGCCACUCUUGUAUGUUUGUCAAUUCUGUGAAAAGGAAUUGAGUUCUGUAAAGGGCUAUGUUGGUCACUACCGACUUCAUCGCAACGUGAAAAAUUUAGUAUUCCCAUGUUGUAUUUCUGAGUGCAACAAAACGUUUGUAAAAUUUAUUUCAUUGAAAUGCCAUAUAUCUCGAGAUCAUGGUAAUGAGUCUGCAAGUGGUAUUACUAAUAGUAUUUACCAAUCAUCGGGUUUGUUUAUUAGACCUAUGUCCAGUGCCAGUACUGCAACUACUAGUAGGCUUACUGGGACGGGCAGUGUCUCUAACUCUAGUUCUAAAGUUGGUCAAAUUAUAUGUGGUCUGGCCGAAUGCAGAAAAGAAAUGGCAAGUAUGAAAGAAUUAGUUUCUCAUCUAAAAUUACACAUGAGUGCUUUUCAGGCUAUUCCUUACAGUUUAGGAGUAGGACAUCCAGAUUCUACUAAUGCUGACACUAAUUUUGGAACUGAUGUUGUUGAGGUAUUAGAUCUAGAUUCAGAAACAGAGUUAUCUUGUACACCUGAAGAAUUUAAGAAUUCGCUUGCACUGUUUUUUUUGAAGAUGGAAGCUAUUCAUCUUAUUGCCAUAAGUACAAUGCAAUUAAUAUUAAAUGAUAUUUCACAUUUAACUAAACUUUCUCUGGAUACAUUACAAAAAGAGGUACAAACUGCAGUGACUGACCAGCAUGAAAGAUUAAAAAUCAAAGAAGUUUUUGAAAGCAAUUUUUUCCUUAAAGCCUUGUCAAAUAAAGGGGAAUUAAAUACAGAUUAUAAAAGAAAACAAUACUUUAAAGCUAAUUUUAACUUUGUAGAACCCAUUGAAAUUAAUCUUGGGCUUGAUAAAAGUAACCAAAAAUGUGUUUUUCAUUAUGUUCCAAUAAAGGAAACGUUAAAAGCUUUGUUCAGCAAUAAGACUUUUACAAGUCAGUAUGAAAAGCCAGUCCAUAAUGAUGCAGGAAACAACACAUUUUCUGAUGUUUUACAUGGACAUUCAUUUAAGAAUAAUAAAUAUUUCAUUGAAAAUCCAAGUGCAUUAAAAAUUGUAUUAUAUCAAGAUGCAUUCGAGGUUGUAAAUCCACUUGGAUCUGCUAAAUCAAAAUUUAAACUCAUAGGUUUUUAUUACACCUUACUCGAUAUCUAUCCUCAUAAGAGAUCUAAAAUAGAUCCCAUGCAAUUAUGUAUAUUGUGUAAAGAAAGCGAUUUUACAUUUUUUGAAAAUGGUCAGAAAGUAUUGGAACCUUUGAUAAAUGAUAUUGUGAGCUUAUCAACUGGGGUCUUCAUGAAUGAUGGUGCCUGUAUUAAAGCUAAUCUGGUUUGUAUCUUAGGCGAUAACCUAGGUAGUCAUUUCAUAGGAGGAUUCAAUACAAAUUUUUCAAAUUCAGAACACAGAUAUGUAGAUAUGUAG